AUGCGUACUUCCGUCGCCGUCGCCGCUGGCCUUGUUGCCGCUGCAUCCGCAAAGACCUACUCCGUCACCGUCACUGACGAUGUGACCAUCACCUCCUGCCCUCCAACCGUCACCAACUGCCCAUACGCCGCUGCCACCAGCGCCGGUCCCUGGGACGACUGGACAUCUUCGACCACCGCGACAGUCGACCCCAUCACCACCUCUACCGGUGACGUUACCUGGGGAGACUGGACCACGACCACCAGCAGCGUUCCCGUUUCUCCAAUCAGCGCCUCGAGCACCACCGACCCUGCAUGGGGUGACUGGACCACCAUUACCGGCAGCAGCAGCGUGCCAGUGUCCCCUGUGUCGACCACCUCUGCGCCUUGCCCUAGCUACACUGCCACCACUCCUCCUGCUUGGUUCUCCCUCCUCCCAACCGAAGUCCUCAGCUCCAUCGAGGCUUCCUGGACCGGUGCUCCUCCCGCCGACUGGUGCUAUUACACCUACAGCACCUCGUCCGUCGCUACCAGCGCAAGCACCCCUGUUGGCCCAAUCGUCACUUCAACCGGCUCCGCUUACUGGCCCGUUGGACCUACUUCUGCAACCCCAGUUGCUCCUGCUUCCACUGGCGCCUGGUCAUCCUACACUCCAUCAAGCCCAGUCAGCCCUGCAACCUUCACUGGUGCUGCUUCUGCCAAUGCCGGCUCUUUCGCCUUCGCCGGUCUCGUUGCCGCUGCCGCCGUCGUCCUGGCAUAA